GCGUCGGUGCGCCGGGUCAGGGGUCAGCCCGCAAAGAUGGCGGCGGCGGUGACCUUCUGCCGGCUGCUGGGCCGGGGGGGUCCGGCGGCGCUGAGCCUGCCGCGCGGCGCCAGGUGUCUAGCGGCGCGGACUUCGCCGACCGGGGAGAAGAUUACGCACACCGGCCAGGUUUAUGACGAUAAAGACUAUAGGAAAAUUCGAUUUGUAGGUCGACAGAAAGAGGUGAAUGAAAACUUCGCCAUUGACUUGAUAGCUGAGCAGCCCGUGAGCGGAGCCGACAGUCGUGUGGUCGCGUGCGAUGGCGGCGGGGGGGCUCUUGGCCACCCGAAAGUGUACAUAAACCUGGACAAAGAAACAAAAACCGGGACGUGUGGCUACUGCGGACUGCAGUUCAGGCAGCAGCAUCACUAGGGCGGCCGGGCCGGCGCCUCCGCAUCCACGCGGGCCGGGGCGCCACCGUCUGAAUAAAGGGCGCUGUGACCCAGGCCGCCGAGCCGCUGUGGUGCUGCUUUCACAGACCGGGACUUGGGAACAAGCGCUCCUGGGAAGCGCAGCCUGAAGCAGGGUCCUCCCAGCGAGCGAUUGCAGGGGGGGCGGGGACGGGAGGGGGAAGGGCUUCUCAGACUCUGCAGAGGAAAUGGAGAUUUGUCAGGCUCAGGGACUCCCCUGGGGGCCGGUGCUGGGUUCAGGCCUCCACCCUGUGACUGGAAACGCAUGCUCUCCCUGCCACUCCCCUGCAUUCAUGCUUCUCUGUUCUCAUCUUUAGGCUGAAAUACAGACUCUUAAAGCCCA